AGGUCCUUUAUCUUAUUCACUCCUUUCUUUCAUAUUUCUCUCACUCUCGUGUCUCUAUAUGUGUGUGUGAGAGAGAGAGAGAGAGAGAAAGAGUGAGAUAUAGAGAGAGAGAUAUAUUAGAUCCCCAAAACAAGCAGCAGCAACAGCAACAGCAGAGCCUAUCCAUUAAAGAAUUUAAAGAAAGCAAGAAACAGAAGCAGCAGCACCACCAGAGAAAGAAAGAAAGAGGUUGCUUUAAUGUCCAUGGCGGCUUGGCAGACCUGUAAUUUUUGGCUUCUUUAAUGCUCACGUACAACAGCCACACACCCUCAUUUUAACACCACAAAAAUACCAUUUCUCUUUAUUAAUAAUAUUAACUAACACAUCUAGAAAUAUUAGGGUUAGAAGGAGAAAGCACACAUAAAUAAACUUUAGGUUUGUAUUUGUUAGGCUAUGGAUUAUUAUUGUGAGUCACAAUUGGAGUGUUGUAAAAAUAUUUGUCACUCACAGACUCUAUGUCCGGCUUAUUCGCGUUAGAAUCCGCCGCACGCUAUAACGAACAAGAAUUCAUCAACACAAGUGUAUCUUCAAAUCCCAACCCUACAGAAUCCGUCAGCUGGUUGUUGUACAGUAAUACAACAACCAGAAACCCUCAUCACCACCGCCCUGCAAAUACCACCACCACUACUACAAAAGAUUUUGAACUAGCUAGUUCUAUGGGUGGUGGUGGUGGUAGUGGGGGUGGGGGUGAUGCGAGGUUUAUUAAUUUCUCAGGUGAAUCCACCUGGGGAUCCGCGGGUAAUUUUAUGAUGAUGGGACUUCAUGGUGGUAGUGGUAGUAGUAGUAGUGGUGGUGUGAGUUGUCAGGAUUGUGGAAACCAAGCCAAGAAAGAUUGUCCUCAUUUUAGGUGUAGGACUUGUUGCAAGAGCAGAGGGUUUCAGUGCCAAACCCACGUGAAAAGCACGUGGGUUCCGGCCGCUAAGCGGAGGGAGCGACAAGAGUACUUAUCCGCCGCACAUCAUCGUCAACUUCAUCCGUCUGUUAAAAGAACAAGAUCUGUGGUUCAAGAUCCUGGAAACCCUAAUUUGGGUAAUAACCCAAAUUCUGCACUUGCUUACAACUCAUCUUCAGGGUUAGAGGUAGGUAACUUCCCAUCAGAAGUGACAACACAAGCAGACUUCAGAUGUGUAAGAGUUAGCUCCAUUGAUGAAACCGAAGACCAAUUUGCAUAUCAAGCAGCAGUAAAUAUUGGUGGACAUUUGUUCAAAGGAAUUCUCUAUGAUCAAGGGCCUGAAGAUCAGUACAUGGGCGGCGACACCUCUUCCGGCGGCAGCGCAGGUAUCCCGGGUAGUUCCACCGCAGCCGCAAAUUUUAUCGGCCAUUCGCUAUACUCAUCUCUUGGCGGCAACGAUUACAUGACCAGUACGCAAUUCUUCCAUCAAAUUUCAAGAGAUUAAAUAAAUCACAUAAUAAACGCCAAUUCGACUUGUUAAUUAGUUUUAUUUCGGCCACUUUGAAGGUUCUAAUUCUGUUUCUGAUAUGGGUGAGGCUAAACGUACCUCCUAUAUGCUUAACGUACCCGAGAAAAAAACUAGGGAGAAAAUGUAACUGAUUUAGUAUGAGAGGAGGUAUGUUAAUGAAAAUAUCAGAUGAGGUACGUUUAACACAACCUUAUGGUACAUAUAUGGAUGCAAGCUUGAAUUUAAGGUCUUAUUUUAUACUUUUUAUCGUUAAA